AUGUUGGGUCCCGUGUCAGGCUUGGGACGCCUUUUCAACCCAGCCUCCACCUCUUCAUCCUCUCAAAACCUCAGAAUUCACGGCCUGUACUAUUCAAUCGCCGAGGAGAGCGUUACAUACGACCUGUUGUAUCCACACAUUAAUUCACUCCAAGAAAACAAGCACCAUACCUACCCAAUAGACCAAGCAGAACCCCACCUUGUCGCAUCGGCCGCCAAAAGCGCAGAUGACGCAGGUGGGUUGGAAUUACAAGCUUCAACAGACGUCAGACUCCUGGUUGCACAGAAAGUCAACGACUUUCACCGCGUACUCUUCGAUACGCAUCCUCCAAGCCCUUUCUCCGUGACCCGAGCAAGUCCGCCUCCCACUUCCGAAGGCAAUGGCCACUUGAAAGAGGGUAGGGCCUUCGGAGGCCUAGGAAAUUCGACUCGGGCGCAAAAAGCUCGAACAGCCCCACAUAGCCGCCAGGCAUCACAGUCGCAGACUCAGCCAAGCAAUCCCUCCGCUGAGCCUGGGCUGUUUUCCAGCAUCGGAUACACAAAUUUCUCUGGUAGCUCAGAGUCUCGGGGUGGUACAGCAAGACCAACUACAAGCGAUGGAGAGAAUACGCAAACGAAGGUCGCAAGAGAAGAACGAGAAGAGACGGAAGAUAUCUUGGCUUGUAUGUUUGGAGCUCCAGGGUUCUACACCCCGGCCUCUACAAAGAUCCAUGUCAAACCCUACACACCUCGCACCCCUCCAUUCAGCAGACCAGGCAGCCCAGAGAGCAAGCGAUUCGUCAGUCCUGGCCGGCCAAAAUCCUCUUUGCUUCGUUCAAGCACGAGUGAGAAUAUCUCAAGCUUGCCACCGAUGUUGAGGAUUAGCGAGGGUCAAUUAUCACGUCGAAUGAGCGCUUACGUCCUUGUUACCAAACUUUUCACCAUUGAUCUUGCCAGUGAUAUUCGUCAGUGGCUAAAUGACCCAGAUCAAUCUCCAGGCAAGGCUCGGCGGCUUUCUCAUGCAGAGUCUGCUCGGCACACCAGUCAUCCAAGGCAGGCAAAAAAGCUUGUUUUCGCAGUUGCUACAGUCUUAUAUCUCCCUUUUGCGCAGCACAUGAGCCCCUUUCUCUCGGCAAAGAACUCAAAAACAGCUGACGGUCGCCUGCACGAAGACAGAGUGCCGCCUUAUGAUCGGAGCCAAAUCCCCGAGAGAGCGGAGGACUACCUAGACAGUCGCAUUGAUCAAUUACUGGAUCGCUCGGGCUGCAUUCUUCGCGCUCUCACAUCGUUCGAAGAUAUUGUCCAUGCGCAAGUGAAGAGCCUUCUACUAGAUCAAUUUCAAGAAGCGUCUACCUAUCCUCGCCGAACACUUCAAUUGAAUGCUUCCGCAUUACAGGACUCUAGAAUCCUUCAAAAGACGGCAAAUGUUCAGUGCAAGAGAAUGGCACUUGCCCUCAGAAUCCGCUCAGUUACCACGGGCCAAGCUCGUUGGGCACUUUGGCGAGGCGUAACGCGUAGCGUCAGUCACUUCUCCUCAGGUCAUGAAAUAAGCCCUUUCUUUCUCAACAUGCUCACAGCAUUCCUUGCAUGUCACACGGGCUGGCUCUCUUCUUCAGCUUCACAUUGGUAUAGACAUGUCUAUAAACAACAACAUCGAACCUGUACGAAGGCGGCGGAAGAAUUGCCGUGUAGGACGGUGAUAGUCUCAUUGGACAAAAUGGCAGCUCGGCGCAUGGUGUUUCUAUUGGCUGCCUUUUUGCCUCGCAACGUCUCGAUACCACUCCAUCAGGUUGACGAAGAGUUGAGCACAUCCAUGAAUCGCGAACGGCGCUCUCACUCGUACGAACUCCGCGAUUCUCAUUUCCACCGACUGUCCCCUCGAAAGACGCCACAAGACCGAGUGGCACCAUUCUCUGGGGUCGAUUUAGAUGCCUCCCGGACGACGUUGACCGAAGCCGACCAAAGUCCAAUGAAGCCUAAGCAUGCGCGGCGACCAUCCGAUGCUGGCUCAAUCCGUAGCCUUGCCUUGCCUAUCAUUGCUACAGGAACCCGUAAGAGCAGCAGUACCACGACCUCAACGAUCAUGCCCGGUAUCGAGCAUCCUGUCCCUCGAUUUUCUACAGCAAGCCCUGAUUUGACGGAGAUGCGACCUGAGAGCAGUGGUAGCUUGGCCGCAGUUUCGCUCCAAAGAACCCUUUCACGGUCCGACAGCAACGAGAUGAGCAAUUUUAGCCCUAGCUCACAAGGCAAGGAUUGGUGGGGUAGCGUACGCAACGGGUUUUGGGGCAGUAGACGUGGCUCCUCAACGGAGAACAGCGAGGUCAUGACCUCCUCGGGAGAAGGCUUAGGUAUCAAAGGAUCUCAACUAUCAAGACCAGCCAUUGGCAAGCUCGAAAGGAUGGUGGAAGAUGCGCAGCUCAAUGGAUCUCGUGGUGAAACGAGUGUGCUGAAAGGCGAAGGACCCGAGUCAUCUCCGGGGAUUACGAACGAGAUCACAACACCGAGAGUUAUAUCGAGAACGAUGGUACCCGAGCCUGAGCCCUUGACUCUCUCUUUCGACAAAGACGACGGAGUCAUUGACGUUCAAUAUUCGCCCUCAUCUCAUUCAAUACCAUCGGCGUCGCCUUACAGUAGCUUCAACAGUGACUUGUCUCAAGAAUCGCAUACGCCGCGGCUUUCUGCUUCGCCGCCACGGAAACAAGCCUCAUCAAACAAUACUGCAGGCUGGCUCCGCUCCUUUCACCCUGAUUUCGCCCUCCAAGCAGUCCGCCCUCACACUGCCUUGAAACAAGACAUCAAGGCAGCAAUGCGGGAUGAGCCUGUUUCUGUUGCAUUGACACCACACCCCACUGUUGUGGACGGCUGGAUACCUGUAGCCACAACCAUCAUCGCUGACUCGGCUACCUCAACAGUAACCCGACUGACCCUCCGCCGCCGCAGCCCCAAUCAUUCACGCCCACACGAUGCUCCUUCCACAUAUGACUCAUCCGAAGAGUCUUUCACCGAAGAACCAAUCUUACACCCCGAACCCCAUCUCACCGACGCAAUCGAGAGAAUCCUCGCCCACCCUUCCUACAGCUCAUCCCGCGCACCUUCACCACCGCGUCGAUCGACUCCACCUCGUUCUACACCAAACCCUUAUCUGACAAGCAACCACAACCCGGACCCACCGUCAGACUUAUCGCGUAAUGCCGAAACUAGAGAAACUAUCCUUGGUGCUUUGGCUAGGAUCGCUAAAGAAGUCGCUGGAGAGCUGGACCACGAGAGCCGUCACGAUGAUGGUGAGGGGGAAACCAGAGCCAGUAGGGAGGAGGGUAGUGUGCUGAGAGAGGGAGUGAGAGAGUGGAUGAGGGAUGUGAGGAAUAAAGAGGCAGAUGCAUGA